AUGAAGAUGUUGACAAGACUUCAAGUUCUUACCUUAGCUUUGUUUUCAAAAGGAUUUUUACUCUCUUUAGCGGACCAUAACUUUCUGAGGAGGGAGAUUAAAAUAGAAGGUGACCUUGUUUUAGGGGGCCUAUUUCCUAUUAAUGAAAAAGGCACUGGAACUGAAGAAUGUGGGCGAAUCAAUGAAGACCGAGGGAUCCAACGCCUGGAAGCCAUGUUGUUUGCUAUUGAUGAAAUCAACAAAGACAAUUACUUGCUACCAGGAGUGAAGUUGGGUGUUCACAUUUUGGAUACAUGCUCAAGGGAUACCUAUGCAUUAGAGCAAUCACUGGAAUUUGUCAGGGCAUCUUUGACUAAAGUGGAUGAAGCUGAGUAUAUGUGUCCUGAUGGAUCCUAUGCCAUUCAAGAAAAUAUCCCACUUGUCAUUGCAGGGGUCAUUGGCGGCUCUUACAGCAGUGUUUCCAUACAGGUGGCAAACCUGCUACGGCUCUUCCAGAUCCCUCAGAUAAGCUACGCGUCCACCAGCGCCAAACUCAGCGACAAGUCGCGCUACGAUUACUUUGCCAGGACCGUGCCCCCCGAUUUCUACCAGGCCAAAGCCAUGGCCGAGAUCUUGCGUUUCUUCAACUGGACCUACGUGUCCACUGUGGCCUCCGAGGGCGACUACGGGGAGACGGGAAUCGAGGCCUUUGAGCAGGAAGCCCGCGUGCGCAACAUCUGCAUCGCCACAGCCGAGAAGGUGGGUCGCUCCAACAUCCGCAAGUCCUACGACAGCGUGAUCCGUGAGCUGCUGCAGAAGCCCAACGCGCGAGUGGUGGUCCUCUUCAUGCGCAGUGACGACUCGCGCGAGCUCAUCGCUGCCGCCAGCCGCGCCAACGCCUCCUUCACCUGGGUGGCCAGCGACGGCUGGGGCGCGCAGGAGAGCAUCGUCAAGGGCAGCGAGCACGUGGCCUACGGCGCCAUUACCCUGGAGCUGGCCUCGCAACCUGUCCGCCAGUUCGACCGCUACUUCCAGAGCCUCAACCCUUACAACAACCACCGCAACCCCUGGUUCCGGGACUUCUGGGAGCAGAAAUUCCAGUGCAGCCUCCAGAACAAGCGGAACCACCGGCGCCCUUGCGACAAGCACCUGGCCAUCGACAGCAACAACUACGAGCAAGAAUCCAAGAUCAUGUUUGUAGUGAACGCGGUGUAUGCCAUGGCCCACGCCCUGCACAAAAUGCAGCGCACCCUCUGCCCCAACACCACCAAGCUUUGCGAUGCUAUGAAGAUCCUGGAUGGGAAGAAGUUGUACAAGGAUUACUUGCUGAAAAUCAACUUCACAGCUCCAUUCAACCCAAAUAAAGAUGCGGAUAGCAUUGUGAAGUUUGAUACUUUUGGAGAUGGAAUGGGACGAUACAACGUGUUCAAUUUCCAGUACGUGAGUGGCAAGUAUUCCUACUUGAAGGUUGGUCACUGGGCAGAAACCUUAUCAUUAGAUGUUGAUUCUAUCCACUGGUCCCGGAACUCAAUCCCCACUUCACAAUGCAGUGACCCCUGUGCCCCCAAUGAAAUGAAGAAUAUGCAACCAGGGGAUGUCUGCUGCUGGAUCUGCAUCCCCUGCGAGCCCUAUGAAUACCUGGCUGACGAGUUUACCUGUAUGGAUUGCGGCCUUGGGCAGUGGCCUACUGCAGACCUCUCUGGCUGCUUUGACCUUCCUGAGGACUACAUCAAGUGGGAAGAUGCUUGGGCCAUUGGUCCAGUCACCAUCGCCUGCCUGGGUUUUCUGUGUACAAGCACGGUUGUGACUGUUUUUAUCAAGCACAACAACACACCCUUGGUCAAAGCAUCAGGCCGGGAGCUCUGCUACAUCUUGUUGUUUGGGGUUGGCCUGUCAUAUUGCAUGACAUUCUUCUUCAUUGCCAAGCCAUCACCAGUCAUCUGCACCUUGCGCCGACUAGGGCUGGGGACCUCCUUUGCUGUCUGUUACUCAGCCCUGCUGACCAAGACAAACUGCAUUGCCCGCAUCUUCGAUGGGGUAAAGAAUGGCGCUCAGAGGCCAAAAUUCAUCAGCCCAAGUUCUCAGGUUUUCAUCUGCCUGGGUCUGAUACUGGUGCAAAUUGUGGUGGUGUCUGUGUGGCUCAUCCUGGAGGCUCCAGGCACCAGGCGGUACACCGUUCCAGAGAAGCGGGAAACAGUCAUCUUAAAAUGCAAUGUCAGAGAUUCCAGCAUGUUGAUCUCACUUACCUACGAUGUGGUCCUGGUGAUCUUAUGCACUGUGUAUGCCUUCAAAACGCGGAAGUGCCCAGAAAAUUUCAACGAAGCCAAGUUCAUUGGUUUUACCAUGUACACCACAUGCAUCAUCUGGUUGGCCUUUCUCCCUAUAUUUUAUGUGACAUCAAGUGACUACAGAGUGCAGACGACAACCAUGUGCAUCUCUGUUAGCCUGAGUGGCUUCGUGGUCCUGGGCUGUUUAUUUGCACCCAAGGUGCACAUCAUCCUGUUCCAACCCCAGAAGAAUGUGGUCACACACAGACUGCACCUCAACAGGUUCAGUGUCAGUGGAACUGGGACCACAUAUUCUCAGUCCUCUGCGAGCACGUAUGUCCCCACGGUGUGCAAUGGGCGGGAAGUCCUCGACUCCACCACCUCAUCUCUGUGA